GCUGGUGGUGGCCAUGGCGGUCCGCUGGGGCAUCGUGUCCGUUGGGCUCAUAUCCAGCGACUUCACGACUGUGCUGCGCUCGCUGCCUCCCUCCGAGCAUCAGGUGGUGGCGGUAGCGGCCCGAGACCUGAGCCGGGCGAAGGAAUUUGCACGCAAGCAUGAAAUCCCCAAGGCUUACGGCUCCUACGAGGAGCUGGCCCAGGACCCAAACGUGGAGGUGGCCUACAUUGGUACCCAGCACCCCCAGCAUAAAGCCGCGGUGAUGCUGUGCCUGGCUGGGGGCAAGGCCGUGCUGUGUGAGAAGCCUCUGGGUGUAAACGCCGCAGAAGUCCAUGAGAUGGUGGCCGAGGCCCGCUCCAGAGGCCUCUUCCUUAUGGAGGCCAUCUGGACUCGAUUCUUUCCAGCCUUAGAGGCUCUGAGGGCCAUCCUGGCCCAGGGAACUCUGGGAGACCUUCGGGUGGCUCGAGCAGAGUUCGGGAAAGACCUUGUUACCAUUAUGCCCCGGGCCACCGACUGGGCACAGGCUGGCGGGGGCCUGCUGGACAUUGGCAUCUACUGCAUCCAGUUCAUUACCAUGGUCUUCGGCAGGCAGAGGCCUGAGAAAAUCUCCGCAGUUGGGAGGCACCAUGAAACUGGUGUGGAUGACACAGUUACUGUCCUGCUACAGUACCCAGGAGGGGUCCACGGCAGCUUCACCUGCAGCAUUACUGCCGAGCUGAACAACACGGCCUUUGUGAGCGGCACCAAGGGCAAGGCCCUGAUCCCCGAGCCUUGCUGGUGUCCAACUGAGCUGGUGGUGAAGGGAGAGCACCAGGUGUUCCCACUGCCCCCUAUUCCCGAGAAGUUCAACUUUAUCAAUGGGGCGGGCAUGAUUUAUGAGGUUCAGCAUGUCAGAGAGUGCCUGCGCAAGGGCCUGAAGGAGAGCCCCGUGAUCCCCUUGGUGGAGAGUGAGCUCCUGGCUGAAAUUCUGGAGGAGAUAAGAAGAUCUAUUGGCAUCACCUUCCCCCAGGAUAAACGUUGAUGCCAAUCCUGAAUCAAUAAAGACACGGCUCCCGUGUGA